CUCGUCCCGCUGUGGAGAGGCGCGACUGGGCUUGCGCAGUGUCGACGCCAGCGCCGGCGCGCCGGGGUUUGAAAGGCCCAAGCCUCGCGCGCUUGCGCACUUCAGCCCGCGCAGGGCGCACCCCACCCCCUCCCACCCUCCCUGCCUCUCGGACCCCAGACCCUACCUUAUCCUUCUGGCCAGGCGAAGCCCACGACGUUGACAUGCCGGAGAUCCGCCUCCGCCAUGUCGUGUCCUGCAGCAGCCAGGACUCGACGCACUGUGCAGAAAAUCUUCUCAAGGCAGACACUUACCGAAAAUGGCGGGCAGCCAAGGCAGGCGAGAAGACCAUCUCUGUGGUUCUACAGUUGGAGAAGGAGGAGCAGAUACACAGUGUGGACAUUGGGAACGAUGGCUCAGCUUUCGUGGAGGUGCUGGUGGGCAGUUCAGCUGGAGGCGCUGGGGAGCAAGACUAUGAGGUCCUUCUGGUCACCUCAUCUUUCAUGUCCCCUUCUGAGAGCCGCAGUGGCUCAAACCCCAACCGCGUUCGCAUGUUUGGGCCUGACAAGCUGGUCCGGGCAGCCGCCGAGAAGCGCUGGGACCGGGUCAAAAUUGUCUGUAGCCAGCCCUACAGCAAGGACUCCCCCUUUGGCUUGAGUUUUGUACGGUUUCAUAGCCCCCCAGACAAAGAUGAGGCAGAGGCCCCGUCCCAGAAGGUGACAGUGACCAAGCUCGGCCAGUUCCGUGUGAAGGAGGAGGAUGAGAGUGCCAACUCUUUGAGGCCGGGGGCUCUCUUCUUCAGCCGGAUCAACAAGACAUCCCCAGUCACAGCCAGCGACCCGGCAGGACCCAGCUAUGCAGCUGCUACCCUCCAGGCCUCUAGUGCUGCCUCCUCAGCCUCUCCAGUCUCCAGGGCCAUAGGCAGCACCUCCAAGGUGAAAUCAUCAGACUUUGGUGGGGUGGAGGAGGAGAGAAGCUGGAGGCCUAACCCAUCCCCAUCCCCUCAGCCCCAGGAGUCUCCCAAAGGGAAGAGGAAGUUGGAUUUGAACCAAGAAGAAAAGAAGACCCCCAGCAAACCACCAGCCCAGCUGUCGCCAUCUGUUCCCAAGAGACCUAAAUUACCAGCUCCCAUUCGUACCCCAGCCGCAGUCCCAGUCCCUGCCCCAGCACAGGGGGCAGUGACAGGCAAGCCCCGAGGAGAAGGCACCGAGCCCAGACGACCCCGAGCUGGCCCAGAGGAGCUAGGGAAGAUCCUUCACGGUGUGGUAGUGGUGCUGAGUGGCUUCCAGAACCCAUUCCGCUCUGAGCUGCGAGAUAAGGCCCUAGAGCUUGGGGCAAAGUACCGGCCAGACUGGACCCAGGACAGCACGCAUCUCAUCUGUGCCUUUGCCAACACCCCCAAGUACAGCCAGGUCCUAGGCCUGGGAGGCCGCAUCGUGCGUAAGGAGUGGGUGCUGGACUGUCACCGCAUGCGUCGGCGGCUGCCCUCCCGAAGGUACCUCAUGGCAGGGCCAAGCUCCAGCAGCGAGGAGGAUGAGGCCUCCCACAGCGGCAGCAGUGGAGAUGAAGCCCCCAAGCUUCCUCGAAAGCGCCCCCAGACCAAAACCAAACCCACUCAGGCAAUGGGACCCAGCUUACCCCAGAAGCCCCCAUCCCCUGAAGAGACCAAAGCAGCCUCACCAGUGCUCCAGGAAGAUAUAGACAUUGAGGGGGAACAGUCAGAAGGACAGGACAACGGGGCAGAAGAUUCUGGGGACACAGAGGAUGAGCUGAGGAGGGUGGCUGAGCAGAAGGAACACAGACCACCCCCUGGCCAGGAGGAGAACGGGGAAGACCCGUAUGCAGGCUCCACGGAUGAGAACACGGACGAUGAGGAACACCAGGAGCCACCGGAUCUGCCAGUCCCUGAGCUCCCAGAUUUCUUCCAGGGGAAGCACUUCUUCCUUUACGGGGAGUUCCCUGGUGAUGAGCGGCGGAAACUCAUCCGAUAUGUCACGGCCUUCAAUGGGGAGCUUGAGGACUAUAUGAGCGACCGGGUUCAGUUUGUGAUCACGGCACAGGAAUGGGAUCCCAGCUUUGAGGAGGCCUUGAUGGAUAACCCCUCCCUGGCAUUUGUUCGUCCCCGAUGGAUCUACAGUUGCAACGAGAAACAGAAGUUACUUCCUCACCAGCUCUAUGGAGUGGUGCCACAGGCCUGAAGUAUGUGCUACACACACACACACACACACACACACACACACACACACACACACACACACGAUGCAUUUAAUAAAGAUGAGUUGGUUUGGAGCAGCUGCCUAUUCUCACCCAGGAGUCUCCCAAAACGCUAAGAGGCUCCCUGGGACCUGGGGAAGAAUGCUGGGCACCUCCAUCAGAGAUCUAGUAGAGAAUGAA